AUGUGGUUUGAUUUGAUAAUAAAAUUGCCAUUAUUAGUUAUAGCAACAUGGCUUCUAAUAAGACAGGUAAUAAAGACACUCUUUGGUAUUUCGGCAGCCUACAUUAAUCCAUUUACAUUUAGAAUCAUUGGGUUUGAAUAUAAGGAUAUACUUAAGAUAGAAUUGCUUGAAUUUAAUCCCUUUAGAAAAAGAAUUAGAAUAUCAAAAUUAACGUUUAACAAUAAACAAAUAGAAAACAAAAAUCAAACUAAUGCAUCCAACCAUAAAAAAACUAGCCAUGGUCACAAUUUGAAAGCUGUUUUACCCAAAUGGCUAUUUAAAUAUCUACCGCAUCUUUUAUCUUUUUUAAAUGAAGUACAUAUUGUUGCUGACCAUGUGUUUUUGACGGAUUACGAUUUAUAUAUCAGCACGAUUGGGUCUGUUUUUAACUAUAAAGAAAUAACGUCAUCAUUAUCCCUUGAACUUUUCAUGAGGCAAGUGAAAAAUAAGAACUCGACAAUAUUGACUGAUACUCUUCAACAACUUGAAAUAAACUUUGAAAAGAUUGAAGUAGAUCAUUCAAUUGUUUUUAACGAUAUUAAGAUAGAUUCAAAGUUUGGUGUUUUACGUUUACCAUACGCUUAUUUAAAACAGCAGAGUGCUAGUACAAAGAUAAUCGAACCUGAUAAUAUAGAAUCUAAACACUCUGAUAUACUAUGUGAUUUAGCGAUUCAAGACACAAUAAAAGCAUUCCGUAAGAAAUUAGAAAGAAUACAAGGCUAUUUAAAGCCGAUUUGCGAAAUUAACUUAUAUAUGGAUAAAAUUUUACUGGACGAUCUUGAAUUAACUAAUUUACCAGAAUUGAAUGAGAUAAGCCAAUAUUUUACAUAUAACAUAGAAGCAUCCAAUGUUACAUUAAAUUUAAUAAGAUUUUCUAAAGACUACCCUGGUUAUAAUUUAAACUUUGGUGAAGAUGACACUCCGUAUAAGAUCAAUAGUAAUUUUUCAAGAGUAAAUAUCGGAGUAAAAAUAAACAAAAUAAAUGAAAAAGAAAUAUAUUUAGCAAAAAUUAUUGAAGUUCCUAGUAUUAAUUUAUAUGGCCACACGAAUAUUUUUUCGCAACAAUUUCAAUUUUCUGAGGGCCGGUUCGAAAAUGCUUUAAGUACAUUAAAUUUCCAAAUAUCAUCUUUGAUCGUUGAUUUAGAUAUAACAACACUUUCCUUUAUAAAAUCUUUUUCCCGUAAUAUAAAAGUUUUCAAAGGAGCCUUUGGAUACUCUAAAGAAAUUGAUGCAAUUGACCAACUCAAGGAAUUUGAAGAUCUUCGUUCACUAAAGUGGAGAAAGGUGCUAAAAACCUAUUUAACAUCAUUGUUUCCAUUAUUAAACCUUAAAUUUACAUUAGAUGAUUCAAAGAUAAUUUUAAAUGAUGAAACGGAUACAAUUAUUUUCUACCUAUCUGCUCUUCUAGGAACAUACAAAUCGAAUAGAUCUUUGUCAUUUUCUCAGAAUGAUAAGCUAGAUUCUAUUAUAAAUUAUGAUACUGCAUUUGACUUAGAAUUAUCUGAUUUACACUGUCAACAUUUGAUUACGGAUGGAAGCAAUUAUAAUCAUAAAAUUUUAGAAAUUGAAAGUGUGUCUCUUAAGCAAAAGGUCAAGUGGUCACCAGAAAUACAAUUUUCAUUUGACGGUGAAGUCGAUAACGUUAAUAUUGAUUUAUCAGAGUUACGGUCGAUGAUAGCCUUAAAUAAAAUUGUAAAGAAAACUGAUUGUCAAUUACUUCAAGUUGAAACUAUUUAUUUCAAGGAACUUUACGAUAAAUUUGCAAAACAGUUGUAUAAUGCUGAAUUCAACUGUUCAAGACUAAAAGAAAUGCAAUCAAUAAAAAAGGUUUCUCCUGAAAGUUUCGUAUUUAAUACACUGCCAGAUUAUUUUGAUUACAUUAAGGUCGAUUUAAGGAGAAUACAAAUGACACUAGGUAUCAGAUCUGUUUUUAUGCCUCCUGAUAUUUUUUCGUUACUUGAAGCCCAAAGUCCAAAAGAUCUUGUUGAGGGAAAAUUAAGAAAAUUUACAAAUAAGGUGGAUAAGGUACAGUUAGCUUUGUUCAGUAAUAAAACUCAAUGGCAUAAUAAAAUAGAAAUGGGACAAGUGUAUAUGUCUAAAUCGGGACUAGAUUCACUGAACAGGAACGAUUCAAAUGAUCUGGAGGAUAUUGGUACUUCACAGUCAACACAAAUUGAUCGUCUAUGGAACUUUAAUAUAUUGGUUAAUAAUGUAACAUCAUCUGUCAUUUAUGAAACUUGUAAAUUUAGUACAGAAUUUUCGUCAAGAACAGUGUCAAGUUUGAAAGUAGUAUCCAUAAAAGUAUUUCCAGAAACAGAGUCAUAUACAGUUCCAAGUGAGAACAAAGUAGUAAUCGUCAUUGAUAAUAAAAAAGCUAGUUCUAUGGUUGAUUUAAUAAAUGUUUUUAUGGGAAUAUCCGGUUUCCAUACACUAAAUCAGAUAUUUAGAAAAAACACAUAUUGUUCUGUUAAGGAGACGUGUGCAAAAAAAAUUUUAGUAUCAUUGAAUAAGGCUAAAAAGAAAUCCUUCUGGUAUUUUAUUGACUGGGUAAAGUUUAAACAAUUAAUUCAAAUAAGGUUAUCUUCAGAGCUCUCUCGUCAAGUUUUGAUCCUUCCUAAUGCAUUAAAAAUCAAAUUUGAAUCUAGUAAUAUGUUUAUAUCAAUUGAUAAACUAAAUGACAUAUGUAUUAAUGGUGAGCUAGCGAGGAUGUGUGUUGAAUCACCAACUCAAAAGGAUACUUGGAUAAGAAUGAUGUUAAUCAAUAAAUUCAAGAUGAAUAUUAACUUAUCGGAGAUGCUUCGCCAAAUUAAGAAUAAUGAAACUGGAAAUUCAGAGGUGCUCCCAGGAGUUACCUUGGCUUAUGAAUCUUCACAUUUUUCUAUUCCAAACAAAUUUGCGAUGUACCGAAUUUUUGACAAUAUUUCAACUAUUGUAAAAUCCUUGAAACAAAUGAUAUACAGCAUGAAAACAUCACAAUCAGACAUAGUAAUAUUCCCAGUAACUGUUAAUCCAGUAAGAUUGCCAAACGUUAAUUUAUCUUCCAAAAGGUCUAUUAUAACUAUUGAAGAUGAUCCCCUCGAAUCGGAAUUAAACAUGAUAUUUCAAAUAGGUUUAGAGGAGCAGCGAAUUAGAUUAGAAAAAGUCAAACAAUUUAAAAAUAGUUUAGAACGUAAAUAUCAGGAUACUAAUAGCUCUGCUAAUCAAAGUGAAAAAAAUAAUGAUAAGUUCUCUUCUGAUGACACAUACACUAAGUUGGUAUUUCUUUCUAGUGCAAGAGGUUGCAAAAAAUCCAAAAACAUUUUAAAAAAACUGCUUUCUGCUAAGAAAUCGGAUAGAGAAACUUCAGAAAAAGAAGAUGAACUCUUAGAAGAUAAAAAUCCAAUUUUGAUAAAUGAACACGAGUCCUACAUUAGAUUACAGGAAAAUAUUUCAACAUCAUGGAUUAGAAGAAUAAAGGAUUAUAAGAAGGUUGAAAAAGAAAAGUACGAAGAGAACUUUGAAUAUUUAUGGGGGUUAACAAAUUUACAUAAUAUUUCAAAAGAUUUCAAUACUAAUGUUCGUGAUUUUAUAUAUUCUCCUCCUUUGACCACAAUAAUAGUAGAAGGUAUUGAUAUAAAUAUCAGUCAACCUUCAUGUGGUCUUGAGUGCAUUGCAGAAUUUAUCCACGAUGUAGGUAAAGGAGUUCCUUUAGAUACCCAAUACUCUAUUAUGUUUCCCAUGUACUUGGAUGUAAAUAUUAGGGAAUUCAGAUGGCAUCUGAGAGAUUAUCCUUUACCAUUUAUUAAUAUCCCUCCCCCAACAGAAAACCAAAAAAUUUCAAAUAACUUCAAAAUUUCAGGUGAUUUAUGCUUAACUGAAGCAAUGAUACAAUCCAGCAAUGAAAUAAGAACAAUAUUCGUGCCACUUGUUCCUUCAGUUGAAUUAGUUAAUAAAGACCAUUAUUACUCACUUUUUGUUCCAAGGACUUUGACAAGUGUUAAAGUGUAUAGUAAAUUAGAAAUUGGUAUUCAUACAGAAAGAAGCACUCAGGUAGUCUGGGGUUCAUCCUAUUCGCCAGCUAUUCAACAAGUAAUGCAGUGUUUUGAAGAUUUAUCGAAACCACCCACAGAUUUAUCCCCUAAGUUAGGUGUGUGGGAUAAGAUUAGAUAUAUGUUUCAUUCACGUAUAAAGAUCAAUUGGGCCAAAAAGAACAGAUUUGAAAUAUCUCUUCUAGGCGCUAAGAGCCCUUAUAAAAUUGGUCGAGAAGACGCAGGAUUUAUAAUUGGUUUUAAUGGUAACACUGUUUUGGACUGUAAUCCAAAUAACUCUCCAAAGCAAUUAUUAGCCUGCUCAGCUGAUCAGAUCUAUUUUUCAAUACCAAAUUAUUUUGCAAAGCCGUUAUUGGUAUGGUCGAUGCCUUCACACAAAAACAUUUUUGUUCCUAAUCAAGAUAAUACAAAUUUACAGACAUAUGCUUCUUACUAUUACCUCCUUCAACAAGAUUAUAAUAAUGAAAGGAAAGAAGCAGUUAAAUUGAUGCAGAAACAUUAUAUAGAAAAAAAUGGUAUUAAAUUAUCCGGGGGUAUGACACUAAAACUUGGUUUUGUUUUUGAAGGGUUAGGUAAAGGAGGAAUCCGUUCUAGCGAUUUUGCACCACAUUAUGAAACCUUUCUAUGUAAUCCGAUUUAUGUUAAAGAUUUAUCGAAGUAUGACGCUUAUAAAAACUUUAAAAGUCAUUUCAUACACAUGUCUUUUGCUCUAUUAUCAAAUUCAAGUAAUGCAUAUAAUGCAAUGCAAUUAGACUCAUCAGGAAUGGACACAUUCUUGAAAUGGUGGAAAUCGUUUUCAAAUAACCCACCCGUUCGAAGAGGUACAUUAUAUGAUGCUAAAAAUUUGAGUCCAAAGUUUGGAGGUGCAUUGAGAACUAUUUCAUAUUAUGCUAAUGUAUCUCCAUUAUUUAUCACUCAUAUCCAACGUAACAUAGAUAUCAACAACACACAGUCAUCCAGUUUCUAUGAGAAUAUAGAAUAUGUAGGAAUUAAAGCUAAGGUAUCUAGGUUUGUCAUGGAUUUGCACCAAAGAAAAGAAGUUAUAUCAGAGUUCAGAGAGAAAUUAAAUGAACAUAAAAGAGUUUCAAGAAUGAAAUUUUUAGAAGGUGAUUUUUCUUCAGGAACAAUUGAUAUCCGUACGAUUCACGCAAAGUUUCACAAAGUCACUUUUAUUGAGGAUAAGCAAAAUUAUGAGUUUGAUUUAUAUGAGGAUGAUGAUAACUGGGUCGAUAUUUCCGAUUUCAAGGAACCUUUUUCAAUAUCUAUAGAUGAUUACACGCCUCAUGUUACUAUAAGACCAUUGUUGUUGGCUCCUCAAUUUGUUUAUCAGAAAAGAGCUAAAUAUGGAGAUAAAUAUCAACUAGAUCCUGUCACAUCAGAACCAAUUCAGGCUUUUAAAAAUGAUAUCUCUCAUUGUUGCUGUGUUAAUGGUCAAAUUGACCUUCCAACAACUUAUCAGGAAAAAAGAAUUAGCACAUUAUUAACUAAGGAAAAAGAAUUAAAUGAGAAGCUGAAAAUUGCCAAUACUUCAGAAGAGAAGAGCUAUUUACUGAAACAUAUAAAUAUGACUAAGCAAAUUAUUCAGCAAUUGGAAUAUUUUAUUGAAGAUACAAAAAUGGUAGUGAACUCUAAAGGAAAUGUUAAGCCAGAAGAUCUACAUUUCCAGGUUAUAGAUAAAGAAACAGAAGCAUCAAAAAAGUUGUACGAAAAUCGAUACUUAAUUUUUGGUAUGUUUUUAAGAUGGGAUGAGGGUGCUAGAGAUGUAAUCACAACUUAUUUGAUGUAUUUAAAUCUUAAUAGCUAUUUUUCUAAAAUAGACCGAUAUAAGUCAAUAAGGACAUUUGAAGACAUUGUGAAUCAAAAAAGUGGCACAGUUGGGAGUCCUUCUAAUUACAACUCCGAACAGAAUUUUAAAACCUCAAUCUUAGAAAGUUCUACACAAUCUGCUAAGAAUCAUGGUACAAAGCAAGAAAAGGAAGAAGACAUAUUGAAAUAUUUUGAGAUUGGUUUAAGAAAGUUAAUUACAUCAAUAAAUUAUACUACUAGCGAAGAUCAUUUUGUUCAAUUUCUAGCUCCGCAAAUACAGCUUUCUUCAAAAUUUGAACCAAAUUCGUGUAUAGUAAUUGCUGCACCGUUAAUAAAAUUAAGAGUACUAUCAUUUGCUAGCGCUAAUAAUAAUGAUGUAUUUAUUCAAGAUACAUUUUUGAAACGGUAUGGUAUACUUAUAUCGAAAGCUAAUGUGUUUUUAUUUCAUAAAGACAAAUUUAAAGAUUCGAUGGACAUAUUUUUCCAGUGUUUAGCUUACGGCCAGACAAAAGAAGUUCCUUGGUCACCUUGGUUAGGAGCAGAGUCGUGUUUUGAUCCAUCUGCCUUAAGUGAUUCAACAAUAAUCAAAAAUUUAAACACAACUAUUUAUCUUGAUUCGAUAUAUGAGUUCUCAUCCGUUUAUGAAUUUGUUAGACAUCAAUUACAAGAUUGUAUGAAUAUUUACAUUCCGAAAGUACAGGUAACAUGUGAUUCUAGAAGUUACCUAACAUUAUUUAAAAUAUCCACGAACCUAUUCAUGUCAAUGAAGCUAACAGAUCCAGUCUUGAAGAAGAAAAUAGAUAAAGUAUCUAUAAGCUUUGAUUUUACCGAAUUAAGGAAAAUAUAUGACACUACAGUGUUGUUAUCAAAUGUUAUCCAUAAAUCCCAGUUGGCUGAAAACGAAUCGAUUUUUAGACAAAAGCUAUUGGACGAUGCAGGUUUAGUUGAUUUAUUCAAUAUACACAAUGAACGUAUAACGAAUCUUUCAAAGUUGUACAUUUUACUACACGUUUUAUGUUCUAGGCGUAAAGAAAGGCAUGAGUUUACUAAGAGCAUGGAGUGGAACAUCGAUGUCGAGAGCAUAGAAUUGCUAAUGCUACAAAAAGAUUCAACGCCAUUUUUGACUGUAGUAUCAAAAGAUAUUAAAUUUAAUAGGGUUGCUUCAUCAUCGGGUUAUAAUUCUAAUACAAUAACGGUAAAAGCCGCUGAUAUAUUUAAUCUUGAAGAUACUGCGGCUUACAAAAACUUGCUAGGCCCAUACGUUACUCAAAAGAAACUUCUACGAAAAAGUAUAACAGAGGAAAAUAAACCGAUGUUCCAUAUUAAUUGGGUUAUGGAUAAACCUAUUGGUGGAAUAAAAGUUGUCAAGAGUGUAGAGACUUUUGUUCAGGGUCUCUCUGUGAGCAUUGAAGAGGAAACAGUACUUAAAUUAGUACAUUGGUUAUUACCGCAUGAGGUUGCAUCUGCAUUGCAUACUAAUGAUGAAUCAGAUGAAGAAAGUGAUGUAGAAUCACUAAAUAGUGAAUUUUAUUUCAAUGGAGAAGAUAAUAGUGAAUUGAAUGAAAUGAUUCAAAGAUCUACUGACUUUGUGAUCAUGGAAAAUAUUGUGAUUAAUGGGUUCAAGCUCUGUAUCAGCUUCAAAGGUAAGGGAUCCAAAAGAUUGAUCAACGUCACAGACUUUGUAUUCAACUUCCCUAAACUAAGUUUUGUGAAUCAAACCAUGAGAUCGAUUGAUAUCAUCAUAAUAUUGAAAAAAGUGCUAAUAAAAGCAUUACUGAAACAGAGUGGUAAGUUCCUGUUGUCAAAAUUGAAGAGAAGACCUGCGUUAGAAUCGAGUUCAUUGUUAUUGCCACAUUCUGUACCAUUGAGUAAAACACUUAGUGCAAAUAGCAAAGUAAGUGAAGGGGAGCAAUUAAAACAAUCAGAAAUCCAAAUCCCCAUCUAG